AUGCCUGUCCGUUUCUUGACGCUGCAUUCGGUUGUAAGAUGUCUCAUGGUUGUGCUAACGGUGAUGGUAACAAAUAUAGUGGAGCCAGUGGAUGGAAAAGUCAACAUUUCUGGUCAACAAAAGCAAGAGACUGAAUUCAGGCUUAAGCAACUCAACAAGCAAGCUCUUAAUUCCAUCGAGAUGACACCUAGUUCUUAUCCGCAUGAGGUUUUAGCUGAAGAAAACAAUGCUCCAGCACCAAGCAACGACGAAGAACAACCAGAAAAUAUAGUUCAUCCUUGGCAAUUGGUAGGAGAGUGCCCUGAAAACACUAUUCCAAUCAAAAGAAUAACAAAAGAAGAUCUUCUAAGAAUAGAUGAUAUCAAGAAUUACGGGAAAAAAUUGAAUAUCUCUCAGCCUCAUCAAUUUUAUCAACCGACGGAUACAAGUGUCGAUAAUGGCCACGAGUAUGCUAUCACAUAUGUUAAUGGUGGUCCUUACCGCGGAACGAAAGCACAGAUAAACGUAUGGAAACCGCGGAUAGAAGCAGGAGAAUCCAGUAUAUCACAGAUAUGGAUCUUUGGAGGCAAAUUUGGUCCUGGUUUGAAUACUAUAGAAGCUGGUUCGCAUGAUCCAAAGACAGGAAACUGGUGGUUACAAUUGAAUGAUCAAGAGUUGAUAGGGUAUUGGCCAAAAGAGCUAUUCACAAACCUUGCAGAUGAAGGGGCAAGCACGAUUGAAUGGGAAGGUGAAGUGGUGAACACGAAGAAAGACGGACAACACACAACCACUGAAAUGGGAAGUGGACACUUUCCAAGUGAAGGAUUUGGAAAAGCAUGUAGCUUUGAAGUCAUCAAAAUCAUUGAUAUGAAUAAUGGUAUAAUAGAUCCGGUUGGAGUUCAAACAUUAGUGAGUCGGCCUACCUGUUACGAUAUUAAAACUGGUUAUGAUAAACUAUACGAGGUUUUUUUCUACUAUGGUGGUCCUGGUCGUAACCCCGAGUGUCUUUAG